CAAACAAAAAAAAAACAAAAAAAAAAACCCAGGACCAAGUCAUGACAUUAUGUCGCCAGCAAGACAAACUGAAAACAAUGAACUUAAAUACUGCAGACAUGAUUAACGAAAACAGGUGCGUGACUCAAAACGUGAAACAGGUGCGUGACGUGACAGGUGAAAACUAAUGGUUGCUAUGGUGACGAAACAAACAAAAGUGCACAAAAAGUCCAAAAACAAAAUCGAACAUGACUAAAACAAAACAUGAUCACACAGACAUGACACCCCCCCCCCAGGGCUGCUCCUGACAGCAUCCCCUUCCUCAGGCCUGGUCCCGGAGUUGGAAUAAGGGGGAGGGGCCUAAGCGAUGGAAAAGAAAAACAGCUAAAGAUAAACAAUCACUUUUGACAUUUACUAUCCUUAGCCCUUCUUUAUCCCCCCUGUGGCUGUGCAAGACUCAUGGGAGUCCAAGUGUAUGAAACGAUUCGUUGUUGUUUUUGUUUUGUUUUUUUCUAUGAAUGAACCCGGCGUGCCUGCAGGAUAGCACGCGUCCAUCCCAAGCAGCGUCCCAGUAAGCCAGUCGUCUCAAGUGAUGCAUCGGAAAUGUAACAUCCCUGCAGCACUGCUGAGUGUCCUGAUUAUGGAAAGGGAACGAGGGCGGCACGCCGUGUGUGUUUGACCAGUGAACUGGAGACGAGAUGCUUGGUUCCCUGCAGCAGCGACGGGGGGGAGGGAGAGGAGGCGAGGGCGGCGAGCUACGGAAAAAGGAAAAUGAAAAUGAGAUUGGAGGCAUAGGAAUGGGCAAGGAGAUGACUCGUCUCUGUGUCGUUACCUACCGCCGAAAGAAGCGACGUCAUCCCCGCACAUGCUUGUCUGAGUAAUUUGCUGUUAUUGAAAUUCAAGGUGACACUCGGGGAAUCAUCGGAUUAGACUAAACACCGUGUGAUUUCUUCAGUCAGUUUCAGCCAUUGUGUGUGUCCACCCCCCCCCCCCCCCCUCCCCCCCUUCCUCACUAUGCCACGCUUAUUCAUUUUUUAUUUAAUCACCAUGAGGGAUGAGCUUUAAUGCAAGAGCAGCUGAGCACUCUCCCCGGACUGUGCACACCGCUGCACUUUUUUUUUUUUUUUUUUCUUUCUCUCCACCGUUAUGCCUUACUGAUGCAGUGGGCUGAUAGUAUGGGGGAGUGUUUGGAGGGCCACUCGGGUGGAUGGAGAGAUAGCGGGCACGCUUGAAGAGGAUGCAUGCUGCAGGGCAGGAGCAGAUGGCUGAAGCACAAGACAUGCAACACAAGGAGAGGUCAAAUAGAGCGCCGGAGAUAAAAGUUUGCUCCCAGUUCUCCCGCGGCGUGUACGCCAUCUUCGGAUUCUACGACAAGAAGUCCAUGAACACCCUGACGUCGUUCUGCGGCGCUCUGCAUACCUCCUUUGUCACGCCCAGUUACCCCACUGACAACGAGGUGCAGUUUGUCAUCCAGAUGCGCCCCGCCCUUCGAGGUGCAGUCCUAAGUCUGCUCUCUCACUACAAGUGGCAGAAGUUUGUCUACCUCUACGACACGGACCGAGGAUUCUCCAUACUGCAGGCCAUCAUGGAGGCGGCGGUGGCCAACAACUGGCAGGUGACCGCUCGCUCCGUGAGCAUCACCACGGAUGCGUCGGAGUUCAGACGCAUCAUCGAGGAGAUGGACAGGCGGCAGGAGAAGCGCUUUGUGAUUGACUGCGAGGUGAACAGGAUCAACACCAUAUUAGAGCAGGUGGUGGCCCUAGGGAAGAACAGCCGCGGCUACCACUACAUUCUGUCUAACCUUGGAUUUUCUAAUGUAAGUUUGGACAAAGUCUUUGCCGGAGGAGCCAACAUUUCAGGGUUUCAGAUAGUCAACCCCGAGAACCCCAUUGUGCAGCAGUUUAUGCAGCGCUGGGAGCGGCUAGAUGAAAGAGAAUUCCCAGAAGCCCGGAACGCUCCUCUGAAGUACACUUCAGCGCUGACCCACGAUGCCAUCAUCGUGAUAGCGGAGGCCUUCCGGUACCUGCGGCGCCAACGCGUGGACGUCUCCCGCCGAGGCAGCGCCGGAGACUGCCUCGCCAAUCCGGCUGUACCUUGGAGCCAAGGCAUCGAUAUCGAGAGAGCUCUCAAAACGGUCCAAGUGCAGGGGAUGACGGGCAACAUCCAGUUUGACAACUACGGCCGCCGAACCAACUACACCAUAGAUGUGUACGAGAUGAAACUAGGUGGGCCGAGGAAGAUCGGGUACUGGAACGAGUUCACACGAUUUGUAAAUAUUAUGGACCCGCAGGUCACCAACGACUCCUCAGUGGAAAACCGAACGAUUGUGGUCACUACUAUUAUGGAAGCGCCUUAUGUGAUGUACAAGAAAAAUUAUAUGCAUCUGGAGGGGAAUGAGAGAUACGAAGGCUACUGCGUCGAUUUAGCAUCUGAGAUUGCCAAACAUGUUGGAAUUAAGUACAAACUGUCUAUAGUAAUGGAUGGGAAGUAUGGAGCCCGAGACCCAGAGACCAAGCAGUGGAACGGGAUGGUGGGUGAACUGGUCUAUGGGAGAGCAGAUAUAGCUGUUGCACCUCUCACUAUUACUCUGGUUCGAGAGGAGGUGAUUGACUUUUCCAAGCCAUUUAUGAGUUUGGGCAUCUCCAUUAUGAUAAAGAAGCCUCAAAAGUCCAAGCCUGGCGUUUUCUCCUUCCUGGACCCACUGGCCUAUGAGAUCUGGAUGUGUAUAGUGUUUGCCUAUAUUGGGGUGAGCGUGGUUCUAUUCCUGGUCAGUCGGUUCAGUCCCUACGAGUGGAACCUCGAGGAUCAGGAUGAGACAAAAGACCCUCAGAUGCCCCCUGACCCUCCCAAUGACUUUGGGAUCUUCAAUUCUCUCUGGUUCUCACUGGGCGCCUUCAUGCAGCAGGGCUGUGAUAUCUCCCCAAGGUCCCUGUCAGGACGUAUUGUUGGUGGGGUGUGGUGGUUCUUCACCCUCAUCAUCAUCUCCUCCUACACAGCCAACCUGGCUGCCUUCUUGACAGUGGAGAGGAUGGUCUCACCUAUAGAGAGCGCAGAAGAUCUGGCCAAGCAAACAGAGAUAGCCUAUGGCACUCUGGACUCAGGUUCCACAAAAGAGUUUUUUAGGCGAUCCAAAAUAGCCGUGUACGAGAAGAUGUGGUCGUACAUGAAAUCGGCUGAGCCCUCGGUGUUUGUUAAGACCACCCCCGAUGGCGUGGCCCGGGUACGAAAGUCAAAGGGCAAGUUCGCCUUUCUCCUGGAGUCCACCAUGAAUGAGUACAUCGAGCAGCGGAAGCCGUGCGACACCAUGAAAGUGGGCGGGAACCUCGACUCCAAAGGCUACGGUGUGGCGACGCCCAAAGGCUCAGCAUUAAGAACUCCUGUAAACCUUGCAGUAUUGAAACUCAGUGAACAAGGCAUCUUAGACAAGCUGAAAAACAAAUGGUGGUACGAUAAGGGUGAAUGUGGAACCAAGGACUCUGGAAGUAAGGUCAGUCGCUGCAGGUCUUUUGUACUGAUUCCAAAUUGCAUUUUGACGUACUGUUCAUAUGCAAGACAAACCUCUUUCAACAUCAGUAGUUUACAUUUUGUUAAUCUGCCGCACAUAACUCACUUCUCUGAUAUUUCAUAUUUGGACCCGCCGCUAACUUUAACAAAGUGCGCGGCUUUACAAGGCACUCAUCACCAACAUUUUGCCACUUUUCCCAUAUAUAUAUAUAUUUUUUUUUUUUGUAAAAUCUGUAAUGAUAACACGAGGAAUUGCCUCCUAGUGCCUUACAAUUUCAAUUGUAUCACAGCAGUUGUUGACAAAUGUCACUUACAGUUUGCUCAUCCUCACUUCAUGACACUUUGACCAUUAUGCUGUUGUUUCUAUUUACCAAACUGUUAAUGAAAAUUUGAUUUGUUUGCGUUAUUACUACUUUGCAAAAGCGAUGCGUCUAUUAGAUUCUUUGGCAUCCUGUGGUGCGAUGAACGGGCGGCACCUCUUAAAAUGUGACCAACUUUUCCAACAACGCCCAUGGCACAAUAUGUUGUGUCCGUUUACACUUGCGCUCAGCGACGUCAAAGUGUGGACAAUUUAGAUAUGUAAAUAGUUUUUUUUCAAACAGAAGCCGUAAAUGUUAACAUCAAUUUAAUUUAAUGGUGAAAGUUCAAUGAUAAGGUUGCUUGAAUCAAAUUAAAAAUGUCAAAGACCUACACCCACCAUGAAAAAUACACAAUGGUUUGUUCUAACUCUAUACACUUCACUCGAAAUAAACGUCAUAAAAGCUCACCUUUAAGCAUUACCAUUAAAUACCAACAUUUAGGCAACGGUGGAUAAUAAAGGUUGAAAUAUAUUCAAUCUAUCUGUGGCAGCGUAGGAGAAAGUUAUGUACACGUUUCACUUGAGCAUCUUAUUGGCCUUAAUUCUGGUGCAUUUAAAGACCCUUGAAUAAUACAAACUUAGGUGUCACCUGUUUUUUUUUUUUUUAAACAGGGGUAGACUUAACUCCCAGGAGAUGUACUAAUAAUAAUAUCAUAAUGAAAGUUCAAUAAUAAGGUCGCUUGAAUCAAAUUAAAAAUGUCAAAGACCUACACCCACCAUGAAAAAUACAAAAUGGUUUGUUCUAGGCGAACCUAACUCUAUACACUUCACUCGAAAUAAACGUCAUAAAAGCUCACCUUUAAGCAUUACCAUUAAAUACCAACAUUUAGGCAGCGGUGGACAAUAAAGGUUGAAAUAUAUUCAAUCUAUCUGUGGCAGCGUAGGAGAAAGUUAUGUACACGUUUCACUUGAGCAUCUUGUUGGCCUUAAUUCUGGUGCAUUUAAAGACCCUUGAAUAAUACAAAGUUAGGUGUCACCUGUUUUUUUUUUUUUAAACAGGGGUAGACUUAACUCCCAGAAGAUGUACUAAUAAUAAUAUCAUAAUGAAAGUUCAAUAAUAAGGUCGCUUGAAUCAAAUUAAAAAUGUCAAAGACCUACACCCACCAUGAAAAAUACAAAAUGGUUUGUUCUAGGCGAACCUAACUCUAUACACUUCACUCGAAAUAAACGUCAUAAAAGCUCACCUUUAAGCAUUCCCAUUAAAUACCAACAUUUAGGCAGCGGUGUAAAAUAAAGGUAAAAAUAUUUUUCAAUCUAUUUGUGGCAGCGUAGGAGAAAGUUAUGUACACGUUUCACUUGAGUGUUCAACUUCAGCCUAAACCCUUUCGGUCUGCAACAUUUUCAAUUUAUGAAUGUACAACUGUUUGUUUAUGUAAAACUGUUUGUUUAUUUUGUUGACCACUGACCGAAGGAAAAAAUAAAAUAAAAUUUAAAAAAUAAAUAAUAAUAAUAAUAAUAAUAAUAAUAAACUUGAUCAUCUUAUUGGCCCUAAUUCUGGUGCAUUUAAAGACCCUUGAAUAAAGUUACAAACUUAGGUGUCACCUGUUUCUUUUUAAACAGGGGUAGACUUAACUCCCAAGAGAUGUACUAAUAAUAAUAUCAUAAUGAAAGUUCAAUAAUAAGGUUGCUUGAAUCAAAUUAAAAAUGUCGAAGACCUACACCCACUGGAAAAAUACAAAAUGGUUUGUUCUACCUGGAUAACGGCAAACCUAACUCUAAACCCUUCACUCGAAAUAAACUUCAUAAAAGCUCACCUUUAAGCAUUCACAUUAAACACCAACAUUUAGGCGACGGUGUAAAAUAAAGGUAAAAAUAUUUUUCAAUCUAUUUGUGGCAGCGUAGGAGAAAGUUAUGUACACGUUUCACUUGAGUGUUCAACUUCAGCCUAAACCCUUUCGGUCUGCAACAUUUUCAAUUUAUGAAUGUACAACUGUUUGUUUAUGUAAAACUGUUUGUUUAUUUUGUUGACCACUGACCGAAGGAAAAAAAAUAAAAA